GUAAUAAUAAAAUGCGCGUGUGUGGGAAAGUUGGGUUGUGAGUGGAGAGAGAAACAGUAUGUAUUUGGUACAAUUUCUCUUUCUCUAGACAAACAUCUUUUGUUUAUGCUUCAAACCUCAACCACCGGUUCGGUCGUUUCUCUUUGGAAGCCACCACCAUCUGUUCUUCCUCCGCAAAGCCUCAACCCAUCUUAAUCAUUUUUGUUUCAACUGUAGAUGGAGAAAAGAUGCUUGGCAGACGCACAUAGGUACUGAAUCUACUGAGCAUGCCAUUAUUUAUGUGUUGGAAGGUCGUCAUCACGGUGAGUAAGAGCAAAAAGGUUAGGGGGCCUAAUAUUUUAAAUUCGAACAUGACAUCAAAAAACAUUAAGACGGCUUUGAGGCAGAGAAAUAGUAACAAUUUACAAGACAAGGAAUUAUUAGAAAGAAAAGAAAGCAGAAGGGAAACUCAAGUGAUGAAAUUGGAAGAGGAAUUUCAGCCCAAGUUCCACACCACUACUUUCAGUUUUUUGCCUCACUUAUACACUUCAACCUCUCACAUAAUCAUCGCAUUUUGGAGAUGGUUUGAUUGUAAAAGAUGAGUUUAACAUCACGGAAAGCUCGUCCUAAAAAUGAGACCAAAAGGGAGGAGGAUGUUAAAGUAAAAGAGGUCCAAGAAAAAGAGGUUGAAGAUGGUAAAGAGUGUGAUGUUGAUAUCCUGGAAGUGAAAAGGACGAAGACGGAAAAGACAAUUGGUCGAGUUAAAAGGCAGAGAUUUAAAUCUAUAAAUAAGUGCACUUACUCUGACUCACGUCAUCAUGAUCAUGCAACAAACAAGCAGAAUAUGAAUAUUCAGCAAAACUCAAAUAGUAGUAAGAAUUUUGAACUGAUUUCAAAGCUUCCUCAAGACUUGAUGCUUGCUAUCCUUAGUUUGGUUCCUGUUAAGUGUCUGCUUAACUCUGCAAGGCACGUUUCCAAACCUUGGGCUACUGCUACUCAAGCCUGCCUACGUGGUAAACCACCUGGUCUUUACCUUGAAAGUUUUAAUCCAACCGUGACUUCUUAUUUCUUGAAUAUUCAAGACUAUGUCAAGGGACAUUCUGAAAGGAUUUAUUUGGGACCCCCUUUGAGAUUGGGACAGAUAGUCGCUAUUUGUGAUGGCAUGUUUCUGCUAUGUGAUCGUUUUAGACUUACUUACGUCGUAAACCCCAUCCUUAGGUGCUGCUUUAGAAUUCCUCUUUCACCUUCUUCAAACCAACGGGAAGGGGUUAUCUGGCGAUCUAUUAUAGCAUGUGUUCCCCGCACUGCCAAAUUCAAGGUGUUCUUAGUAGAUACCCAAAGUGUUUCGGGGGUCAAUUGGUAUGUUUUCUACGUCCUAAGAAUUGGAAUAGACAACACAUGGAAAGAAAUAGUUAGAAAAGAAUAUAACUUGGAGGAUAAGUGGUAUUUUUUAUGGAAACCAGUUCAUAAUGGAGACAAUCAUAUCUAUUGGAUAACAUGGGAUGGAGUGAUUGUGAUGGAUGUUGGCAAGGAAAUUAUUAUACGUGAAUAUCCACUCCCCCCUCAACAGCAUCCUCAACAGCAUGCUUUUCCACUUGCAGAUUAUUUAUGGACGGGAGAUCGUCUUUCUUGCAUUUCUUGCGUUGUGGAUGAAAAAGACAUUAAAACAUAUCCAAUCUUUACUUUGGAUAUGAAUUCAGGAAAAUGGACUCUUUAUCAUGAGAUGAGACCUUUUGAUAGUAUGGCUAUUUGCAGCCAUAAGCUUGGUUUUGAUAUUGAUAUAGUGAUGACGGUUGUGAGGUGUCGGUUUUGGAUCAACGACCAAAUUAUCUUUAUAGUAGAGUUCGAUCAAAAGUUGGAUCCAACAUCUAGUAAGGAAAUGUUGUCUAACCCAAGAUUACUAACAAAAAAAGUACACUUUUGUUACAAUGUCAAGACAAGACAACUGACAAAGAUUGAUUGCAUUCCAAUAGGCAAUUUUAAGGCAUGGCUUCAUACCAACACUCUAACUCGUUGCUAAGUAUUCCAAUGUAUGCUAUGUAGUAGUAUUUAUAAAGUAGUAGUAUUUAUAUUUAUAUUU